AUGGCACCCCACCAUGAAGCCGAGGCCCGUGAAGGGUCGGGCUACAACUCGAGCAGCAACGGCGCUACGGAAAAGGAGCCUGGCCGAAAGGAUUCCGUCUUGGACAACCGGCGAGCUUCAACUGCAGCCCUUCUGCGUAACCCUCUCGCUGGCCUGACCACGGAGGAGAUUCUCAAAGACGUGGACUCAUUCAUCGAGGAGAAUGGCCUCCAGGAGCACCAUGACGAAUUCCGCAAGGGCGCUCUCCUAGCCCAGGUCAGCAACACCCCACAAGCUUUCGAGCACAUCGAGACUAUUUCGGAGGAGGAGAAGGUCGUUCUGCGUCGCGAGGAGACUCACAAGUGGGAUCAACCCUUCAUGCUCUACUUCCUUUGUAUUCUUUGUGCAGGAUCGGCUGUUGUUCAGGGCAUGGACCAGACAGCCGUCAACGGCGCGCAAGAGUUCUACUACAAGACCUUCAAUAUUGAGGGCGACGAGAACGCCAACCUGCAGGGUCUUCUCAACGGAGCCCCGUAUCUGUGUUCCGCACUCAUUGGUUGCUGGACCAAUCCCUUCCUGAACAAGAUUGGUGGUCGCCGAUUUACCAUCUUCAUCUCCUGUUUUAUUUCUGUCGUCACCGGUUUCUGGAUGGCGGCUGCCAACAACUUUGCCAACCUCUUGAUUGCUCGAUUCGCACUUGGUUUCGCAGUCGGCGCAAAAUCUUCGACCACUCCCGUGUACUCGGCCGAAUCGACACCCAAGAACAUCCGCGGUGCCCUCACCAUGAUGUGGCAGAUGUGGACCGCCUUCGGAAUCUGCCUCGGGUUCGUCGUGUCAGUUGCCUUCGAGAAGGUCGACUUCCUCGGCGAGAACACCCAGUGGCGAUGGAUGCUCGCUUCCACCUCUGUGCCCCCGCUGCUUGUGAUGAUACAGGUCUACUUCUGCCCCGAGUCUCCGCGGUGGUACAUGGAGAAGGGCCGCUACGACAAGGCUUACAGAUCCGUCUGCCGUCUCCGCCGUCUCCCCGUCCAGGCAACCCGGGACAUGUACUACGCCCACAAGCUUCUGGAGGUUGAGCGGGCAAACCGUGCCAACCACUCGUGGACUGAGUUCUUCACGGUUCGUCGAAACCGUCGUGCCGCGCAGUCAGCCUGGUUCUGCAUGCUGAUGCAGCAGCUAUGCGGAGUUAACGUGAUAGCUUACUACUCUACGAAGAUGUUUAAAGACUCUGGCUUCUCGCAGACGCAAGCACUUCUUGCAUCGAUGGGUGGUGGGUUGAUAAACUGGCUUUUUGCGAUCCCCGCCGUGUACACCAUCGACACCUUUGGGCGCCGGAACCUGCUUCUCGUCGGUUUCCCGAUCAUGUCGGCCUGUCUUUUCUUCACCGGGUUUUCAUUCCUGAUUCCGAACGAACAAGCACGAAUGGGGUGCGUCGUCACCGGCCUGUAUCUAUUCAUGGCGGCAUACUCCCCAAGCGAAGGCCCCGUGCCCUUCACAUACAGUGCGGAGGCGUUCCCGCUGCACUUCCGUGACAUUGGCAUGUCUUCUUCGACGGCCAUCUGCUGGGGGUUCAACUUCAUCAUCUCGUUCAGCUGGCCGAGCAUGGUCGUCGGAUUCGGUAACACCGGGGCAUUCUGCUGGUACGCGGUGUGGAACUUGAUUGGCUUCACCUUCACCUACUUCAUGCUGCCCGAGACCAAGGGCCUCACGCUCGAGGAGCUGGACAACGUCUUUGAGGUCAGAAACAGGGAUCAUGCUAGCUACUACACCAAGAAGCUGCCCUGGUAUCUCAAGAAGAAGGUCUUCCGCGCUGAUGUUGAUCACUUUCCUCCUCUGUACGACUUCGCUACGGAGUAUAAUGAUGUAAACGAGAAGCCUACGGCUUAUCACAAUGAGGGAGUUCUGAGAUCCCCUGGCGCAGACCAGAAGGUUUGA